AUGAAUGUCUUUGGACUUAUCCAACCUAGGCAACGGUGGGUUCCUCUGAGACCUAGUCGUCAGCAGGUCUGGGCGAAUCUGGCGGAGGUAGGGACCAGAAUAGACAAGAGUACUCACCUGCCCAGGACUAGUCUCCAUGGUCUCAGGCGCGGCUUGUCAACAGCCCGGUCUAUUGAUCCACAUGUACGGCUCCCGUUGCGCUUGGUCGCCAGCCGAGUGAGCACAGAAGAGGGCCUCAGUGUUCCGACGAUAACUCCUGAGCACACGUACCCUGUCGGGGGCCAGUUCCGUGCGCAGGGCAACAGGGCAACAAAAGACAAUGGUCUCUCCGACAGACCGCGGUGGUCACCGGCUCAGCUUGCAGAGGCUGCAUAA